AUCGAGAAUAGAGUUCGCACCGAAACAUUGUUCUAGUACCGGCUACCAAUGCCGAACGGCUGUCUGGCACUAAGUCAUCACUUGACGUAAUUUCACGAAUAACUUCCCACUUCGUAUGACACGUUCUGCCUGUCCAAAUUUCUUGCAGAGCAUGUCAUCAUAUAAAAGAAAAUCAAAAUGACCACAUCAGAAGAGCCGUCUUACAUUCUUCGCCAUAACAAAACAGCCACAGAGAGCGAAAGGCUUGAUCAGCAGCAUCACUUCAUUUCAAGUUUCACUCCUGGCUUCGUAUCUCCCGCCAUUCCGCGGGCAAAGCUGGUAAACAUUGCAGACAUAGCUACUGGCACAGGAAUCUGGCUGCGGGAACUCUCAUCCACUUUAUCCCAUGAUCAACCGAACGAUAGAGCAGCUCCAAGUUAUACAGGAUUCGAUAUCUCCUCGUCUUUCUUCCCCACGGAUCUCGGACCCGACUUCAAAUUCGUCCAGCAUGACAUCCUGCAACCGUUCCCAAAAGAGUACCACGGAAACUAUGACUUGGUACACUUGCGUCUUCUAGUCGGAGCAGUCUUAGAAAAGCAACUCCCGAUCGCACUGCGAAAUGUCAUUGAACUCCUCGGUCAUACCUGGCGGCUAUCUCCAAUGGGACGAGUGGCACUUCAUCAAAAUGCGUUUCGAUCCCGACCGCCCUGAAAUUCGAAAAAUUCAUACCUCCAUCCAUGCCCUUGGCAGGAAAGUCGGCUUCUGUCAAAAUAUACCCGACUUCUUGACCGAGCUUUUCAAUAAAGAUGAAAUGGGUUUCACGGAAUUUAAAAGAGAAAUGUAUUGGAGUCUUGAGACUAUGACCAGCGAUGCGGGAAGGGAUGACCAGA